AGAAAAUGCCGGAAGCUCAAGAGAUAUGAAAACAUGUUAACCUGUCCACAUAAUCGUACCACUGCCAUGCGUUUAUUAAACAACUAAUCGCAUAACUACAAGUUAACAAGGUUCACAAGUUAUUAACAAACUGGUAUCUACAUGUAGAACUAUUUUAACCGAUUGAUUUAAGGCGCUAGCCUGGCAAGUUUCUGGAAUCACCAGCAAAAUACAGUGAUAUUUCUGAACAUGGAUGCUUUAAGAAGACCUGCCAUCCCUGAAGACGCGGUCCAGUAUAAGCUGUUUCUGGUCCAGUCAGACACAGAAGUGAAUGAGAGAUCCCUACAGCAGCUCCUUGAGAACAUCCUGGCUGAGGUUGCCCCUCUGUUGGUACAGUACAUCUGGCAACACCAGCCCUUCAAUCUAAGAUAUCAUCCUGAGAAAGGGGAUGUGCCAGCACACUUGGGGGGUGUUACUGAGUUUGGUGAUAAUGUGGAGGAUGAAUGGUUCAUUGUUUACCUGCUUAAACACAUCACACGCACCUUUAACGGAAUAGCCGCUGUCAUCCAUGAUAAUGAUGGGCAGUUUCUCCUGAUUGAAGCAGCUGAACACUUGCCAAAGUGGCUGGACCCUGAUAGCAGUGAAAACAGGGUGUUCCUGUAUCAAGGAGAACUGCACAUAUUACCCAACCGUUUACAUUCUGGAGAGUUUGGGUGGCCCAGAGACUCUGUGCCCUCUGUGGGUCAGGCUCUAGAAGUGUUGCAGUCACAGACACAGAGCUGUCUAGCCAAACAUCCCAUACGCUCAGCUCUGGCCAGGAGGCUGGAUGGGUACCCGGAUAAAAUCCAGCAGAAUUUCCACCACGCCCACUGUUACCUACCUGCGGGAAUUGCUGUUGUGUUGUCUAGGAGGCCUGACCUCAUAGCCCCUGCAGUGUCUGCUUUCUAUCUCCGUGACCCGGUUGACCUCCAGGCUUGCCGAACUUUCCACACCUUUCCUCCUGACACCAUAGUUAUGACAUCAGUAAAGUUUACCCGUUGCUUGUACGCACAGCUGCAGCAACAGAGUUUUGUUCCAGAUCGGAGGAGUGGUUUUACCCUUCCCCCUCACUCUCAUCCCCAGUACAGAGCUCACGAGCUGGGCAUGAAACUGGCCCAUGGGUUUGAAAUCCUGUGCUCUAAGAGUGGACAGUCUUCUUCAGAGAAGGAGGCUUCUGUCAUCAGUAACCCACUUUGGAGAGGCUUUUUAGAUAGCCUCAAAAAGAAUGGAUACUUUAAGGGGGAACUAGAAGGGUCUGUCCGAUACAAAGACCUAAAGACUUCAGCAGAGAACUUCUUCAAACAGUCAGUAACCAGUAAAAACUGCCCUGAUAUUCAUAAUCCUGGUGAUGAAGUGUUGCAAGUCUUGCAAGGCACAUCCUACAGUUUGGAAGACCUAAGAAAAAAAGAGGCAAAUCUACCACCAGAGGACAGUGAUGCGUGGUUAGACAUAUCACCUCAGGAGCUGGAGAGGCUGCUUGAGGAGAGAGGGUGCCGCGGGGUGAGUGAUGGCACUCGCAAGACAGUAAAACCUGAAGAAGAGGAGCUAGAGGAAGAAGCUGGCUACAGUCUGGUGUCUGUAACACAAGGCAUGAAGAACUUUAUCAAUGCCAUGUCCUCUCACGAAGGAGCUGAAAUUCCAAAGUCUUGCUUGGCUGAGCCCUUCAGUUUUGAUCCAGAUGCAGUAACCAGUGCUCUUGAUAGACUGCUUGGAUGUAAGGAUGAGGAGUUAGACUCUGAUGACUUUGAGGAUGAGGAUGAAGAGGAGGAGGAAAAUGAGGAUGAUGAGAAUGAAGAAGAGCAGAAUGCCAGCUCUCGGGAGCAGGCAGGUGCAGAGGCAUUGGACAAUUUGAGGAAAUACAUGGAUGAAAUGGACCAGGAGCUGCAAAGCACAAAUAUUGGAAAAAGCUUCACACAGCCAGAUAGAGUUGGUAAUAAAGCAGAUGCACCUAAAAGCUCAUCGGUCACCUCAGGCUCUGAGCCUGCAGAGGAAGAUAUACAACCACUUGAUGUGGACCUCAACCUGGUCACAAAUCUACUCGAGUCCCUGGCUUCUCAGGCUGGCCUAGCUGGGCCUGCUUCUAACCUGCUACAGAGUCUAGGCAUUCACAUUCCCCCUAAUGCAGAUCAAUCCUGAGUCAGUCUUGAGACUUUAUCACACACUUAUGACACACUUAGUGUUUCUUCACCUUGUACAAAUCAGCUGUUCCCCAAUCAUAAAAGGCCACGUUUGACUUAAUGGUACCUUGUGACAAUGCCUUACCAAACACAGUACUGAAUUUGAAUGGAAUAUUAAUAUUAAUUUAACAUUGGUCUGUUCCAGUAACACAGAGCACUUCUAUGGAAUUUCUGCCAGAAUAAAAUCUGAGUUGUUGUUUAGAAAACAUUGUGUCAGGUUAUUCUCAUUUAAAUGUGUAUUUUCAAAUAAAGGUAAGAUUUUCUAAGAUGUUUCAUUAAUUACCAUUACUGUCAGUUUAUUUUUAUUCCACUACAACAGGAAAUAUCAGUUCUGGUUACACUUAUCCUUCAAAGUGAAGAAAGUGAGGAAUGUUUCCCUCUGCUUAUGUACACGUGCAUUACUGAUAAACUAAACACAUUGCUUGCUAGUGUAACAUUAACCAAGUUGAUACAGAUAAAUCAAUUCUGCUUGAUUAGAAGCCCCAACGCAGCUCUCAUGGCGAUAACCUUUUUUAACCUCUUGAUUUUUGCUCAGAAAGACUUUUAUCUACACUUGUAACUGGUACACCUCAAAUUAGUUCCAGAAUGUACACAGUAUAUUGGGCUGCAGUUAUUGUGAAGAAAAAUGUGCUGAAAAUGUAUUACUUAA